AAAACACGCAGUGUAGCCUGAAGCUAUACAGCCUCUCUCGCUCUGGUGCUCUUCCCCUCUCCUCUCUCUCUCUCUCUCUCUCUCUCUCUCUCUCUCUCUCCCUCUCGCUCGCUCUAUCUUGCCAUAGAGGGUUUUAGCCAGCAGUUCUCAGGCAGUGUGAUCUGUGUUUGCAUACUGCUAGUUUAUGCUGGGAAGAAUACAGAGCCCAUGUGCACUUUAUGGAUGCUGAUGCUACGCUGAUUCUCUGGAAGCAAAAAAGAAUAUGUCCAGCACUCAGCAUGACCCUUUCUAUUCUUCUCCAUUUGGCCCUUUUUACAGAAGGCAUACUCCAUACAUGGUACAGCCAGAGUAUCGCAUGUAUGAGCUGAACAAGAGGCUGCAGUCUCGUACAGAGGAUAGUGAUAAUCUUUGGUGGGAUGCCUUUACUACAGAAUUUUUCGAAGAUGAUGCAACAUUAACAUUGUCAUUUUGCUUAGAAGAUGGACCAAAGAGAUACACAAUCGGAAGGACUCUUAUUCCUCGAUACUUUAGUACAGUGUUCGAAGGGGGUGUCACUGAUCUCUAUUACAUUCUUAAGCACUCCAAAGAAUCAUACCACAACUCAUCCAUCACUGUGGACUGUGAUCAAUGUACCAUGGUCACUCAGCAUGGGAAACCCAUGUUCACCAAGGUAUGCACUGAAGGCCGGCUCAUCCUGGAGUUUACAUUUGAUGAUCUCAUGAGAAUCAAGACAUGGCACUUUACCAUUAGACAAUACAGAGAAUUAGUACCUCGCAGCAUACUAGCCAUGCAUGCACCGGACCCACAGGUGCUAGAGCAACUUUCCAAAAACAUCACUAGGAUGGGUCUAACCAAUUUCACCCUCAACUACCUCAGGUUGUGUGUAAUACUGGAGCCAAUGCAAGAAUUAAUGUCAAGACAUAAAACAUAUAACCUAAGUCCCCGGGACUGUCUGAAAACCUGUCUGUUUCAAAAAUGGCAGCGGAUGGUCGCACCACCAGAACCUACAAGACAGGCUACCACCAAAAGGCGGAAAAGGAAAAAUUCGACCAGCAGUACAGGAAACAAUACAAACAGCACUUACACUAAGAAGAAGUUACCAGCUGCAAGUCUCAACUUGUCAAGUCAAGUACCUCUCACUACAAAAAAAUGCAUAGGCGAUAAGACACGAGUCAGGAGGAAUUAUCGUGGAAUACGGAACGGUUUGGAUGUGAUGGUGGUAGGAGAACCAACUUUGAUGGGAGGCGAAUUUGGAGAUGAAGAUGAAAGGCUUAUCACUAGACUAGAAAACACACAAUAUGAUGCAGCUAAUGGUAUGGAUGAUGAAGAAGACUUCAACAACUCACCUGCACUGGGAAACAAUAGCCCUUGGAACAGCAAACCGCCUGCUAACCAAGAAACCAAACCAGAAAACCCGACGCAACAAGCUUCCCAAUAGGUCAUUAGGCCACCACGGAACUGGAUAUUGCAUAGGAUGACGAGUUACAAAUCACUGCAUUGUUUUCUUUAAAAUAAUUAUACUAGAGUAUAAUUAUUUCAACAUGAGAACUUUCUACACAGAUUCCUACUUCUUAAAAGCCUUUGAUUAAGUAUUUUUAAUUAAUAAUUGCACAAUGACUUGGAGUCUCAUCAUUGAAUCCUUUGCUGUUUGUGACACUUUAUUGUAAAGCCAUAGAGUAAACAUCAUGCACUCCUUUUGUUACCCCUAAUGGGGUCUGUGGGGAAAUCUCCCUCUAUUUUAAGCAACAUAAGAUUGCUGACUUUUCAGAAAAAUAAAAUUUUUAAUUAAAAAUAAAUGGGAAAAAAUAAAUUAAAUUAAUAAAAUUAAAUCCAAAGCAAAUAAGAAUUUUCUUUUAUAGUUUUCUGAUUUCAUUCGAGAGUGGAGUGAAUUUUUAACAGCUAUAAAACGAGAUAGUUAAUUAUAUAAAGAUGAUUUAUACAGAUAGCAUAUUUUAAGAUCUCUCCUCCAGCUUACUUUUGCUUAAACGUCUUAAAAAAUAAUAAUUAAAAAAAUGUAAGUAAUGAAAUAAGUAUUUGAAAGAUCAAACUUAAACUCUGUACAGUUUUGUAGACAUUACCCAUGUGAUGUUACAGUUAAUUACAUAAAAUAAACAUCAGUUGAAAAAUGCAACUUACAUUUAUUCACACUGAAAGCCUCAUUUACAUACAUAUAAAGUAUCACAGUCUGCAAAGAAUUCAAAAUAUUUUUAAAUUUGAGUAGAGAUGAAAGACUCUCCUGUGGUUCAACUCAGUGAAGUACUUGUGAUAUUAGGGCAAUAGUUUUUUGUUUUUUUUCCAAUGAAGGCACAAAAAAAAUCAUUCAAAAUUUGAAAUUAUUUGUUGUAUUGGUUUUGUUGUUUUAUAUACUGUAGACUUCUUUCAUUCAAAAAUGUAUUAAAAAAAUAACUUCAUUAAAAACAAAUAAUCAAGUUUUGUUUGAAACACACCAAAAUCUUAUAAAUUCUGAACCGUAACCAAUUGUUUCACUCAUCUCUAUUGACAAGCUAACUUAAUAAGAAUCAGUUGUGUUUUAUUAAUUUGAUUAUAAAUAAUGCUUAUGCCAGUAUUAACUUACAAUAGUUUGUAAGUGUGAAACUUUUUGUAAUACUAAAAAGUCAUUUGUGCUUUAACAAAUGGAACAUUCACUUCAUUUAUAACUUUGUAUGAUUCCUCUUCUUGAAACUUUUUUAUAUAUUUUAUUUGUUUGUUUUCUUGGGCAAGAAAUGCAUUUUUUUUCUUUUGCUGUUUAUUGGUCAUAUAAAGUUCACAUAGAUGAGUCAUACACUAUAUUAUUUAACAGCCCAUUAACAACUGGAGAUAAAUAGAAAUAUUUACAAUGAAAUAGAACCAAUUCAUUUUGAAAUCACUUUUGAUCAAGACAUUUCAAAAGCCAUUGAAACCAUUUUCAUUUUGUGACAAAUAUAUUAAAUUCAGAACUUGUGUUUAUUGUAUCUCAGUUGGCUUUGUUGCUAUAUUUCAUAGUAUAUUUCUUGUAUAAAUAUUUUGUAAAUCCUUCUAUGGCAUUUUUAUUAUUAUUGCAGUGUAUUUAUGUGGAACUUUAUAUGUCUAAAUUUCUGUUUACUUUUCAUAUGACCAUUUUAUGCACACAGUAUAAGUCAAUGUGUUAUGAGCAAAUGUAUUUCAUGUUAU